CAAAAUUUGUUCUAAAAAAAGAAUAUUGAAUAAUAUAGUAAAAUUGAAUCUCAAUAUAAUUAGAGAAUAAUAAAGAAAGUAUCUUAAUUGUUGCAUGAACCACAUUACCAAGAAACUUGGAAAAGCAAACCACAUAAAAAAGGCAGUGUACAUUGUAUUAACAUGAUAAAUAUAAUUUUAAUAAAACUAAUGUAAAAGAUCUCGAAUCUUUAAAUGAGCAGAGAAAACUAGUGAGCAUUUCAAUAAAGCUGAUCUAAGAAACCUGGCUAUCACAAUUAAAGUGGUUUGAGAUUGGAAACAGUGGAACAUCUAAUUCAAACAUAUUACAUUUCUGUUAAUCUAAAAAUGUUUUCUUUCUGUGCAAAACCACCGCAGUCAACUAAUAACCAACCAAAUUAUUCGCAGUCAGGCACAAUGGCACGACAAAUAAAAGGUGGAUAUUUGCUGAGAUAUAAAAGACAGCUAUUUUGGAAUACAUGGUCUGAAGAAUAUGUUGUCCUAUAUGAUGAUUCAACAAUGGCCUGGUACACGGAGCCUGGCAAAUCUUCCCCUAAUGGAAAAGUAUUAAUUAAAGAAAGUCCUGAAAUGUUGGCAAUUGCCAACUGGACUUCUCAAAUUCCAUGCCGUCCACCACUCCCAGAAGGAUGUCAUUUAGCGCAACUAAUUGCACUGGGAUGUCGUCGUAGAAAAUCAAAGGUGUAUUGGAUGCUAGCUAAAUCUGAAUCAGAAGUUGGAGAAUGGAUAGCGGCGAUUGCAAAAACCCUCCCACCGCCACCUACAAUAGAAUUAAUCGUUGAUAAAAGACACUUAUUAGGUAUACUGAAACGACCGAUUGUGCGGGUCCGACCGUCAACUACAGCUGAAAAUGUUGAGCGAAAAAAGGUGACAACACAAAACAAUAUAUACUCAAUUGAAUCAGCUGUCAAAACCCAGACGCCGGUUGCAAUACUACGACGCAAUAGUAUUACGUCGGAUAAAAAGGGAACACUAGCGUGUGCGCUACCCUGGGGUUUUGGAUACGGUUGGUCAACUUUAUCUAACGGAAUUUGGGGUGGGGCUUUAACCUGGUCUCAAGCUGAUGAUGCACUCGCUUUGCAUGCAGUCCCGCAUGUCCAUUGCUCAAAUUUGACAGAUACAAUGGGAGUCGAUGGCGUUGUUGCAGAUUGCUAUCACAAUACACAUACUGAUUACAGCGGUGGUAAUGAUUGGCAUAACAAUUGUGAUGAUUUGACAGUAGACGAUGCCGAUUAUGCAAUGGAUUUUGGGGAUUUUAUGUUUUAA